GGGCAUUGGGAGCCGCAAAGCUGCCCUCCCGCGACGAUGGAGCACAGUGUACACAUGAAACGACGAUGAGUUGUCAUAGCUGAACCGCUGGGAACCAUGCGUCGACGAGGUCUGCUAGGGCUGCCCAGCGCCCUGGCAGCCCCUCUGCGGCUGCUGGUCCUGCUGGCGCUGCUCCCGGUGACGCGUGCGAUCUACACGCUCGAGAUGUUCCGCCAGCCGAGCGAGGCCGUCGCCGGCUUGCCCUUCGGCGUGCAGCCCGCGGUCGCGCUCUACGACGACGACGGGCUCCUCGCGGCGUCGUACGUAGGAUUCUGCUCGACGCUAGGCUACGUCACGCCAACCGGAACGGAGCAAGUCCUGAGGAACGGCACGGCGGGCCAGGACGCUACACGCGUAGCUUUUGUGGACGGGUACGCGGUGUUCGACGGGCUGUAUAUCAAUGUUGCCGGUCUCUACGAAUUGCAAUUCGUCGCGGAAGACCCCGAGCUCUCAGCCUUCGCCUCCGCUUAUAGUGAUGAGUUCACCGUCGCAAUAGGAGAAGCCUACGAGAUCAGGGCCACGGCCUAUCCCUCGGGUGGCGUCGGCGGCACGCCCUUCAGCAUGCAACCGCAAAUAGCCAUCUACGACGAGGGCGGCAACGUUAUUACGAGUUGGAACACGGGCAUGUUGGUCGUGUCGAUCAUGGACACGGAGGAGUAUCCGAACCCUACCGGUGCUACCUUGAAGCCAGAACGCAACACGGAGGCCUAUUUUAUCUUCGGCGAAGUCGGGUUUAGCGGUUUGUAUAUCGACGAGGCCGGCGGUCCUUACUACUUAAGGUUUACGGCGAUGGGCUUCGGCGAUACGAUAUUGCCGGGGGGCGCUACGACGGACAUACCGGGCUUAACCGUAUAUGUGGGUUCUCCAGCUGUGAUGGAAGUUUUAGAUCAUGCCUCAUCGAACGCUUUAGGCGGGUCUGCGUUCCCGCAGCAGCCUAGGUUACGCAUCGCGGACGCCGGAGGCAACACGGUGGAAGACGACUCGUCUUCACUAGUCGUGGCUACCCUAACGCAGAACCCCACAUUAACGACGUUCAACUCCUUCGACCAUUCCUAUCAACUGGCGGAGUUCGGCAUGGUGACCUUCACGAAUUUGGGGAUUAAGUCUGCGGGCAAGCAGUACGAGAUCACGUAUACGCUAUUCUCUUAUUCGGCAUCUUCUCAGAAACACACGGAAACCUCAGUAAAAGCCGUCUCGACGAAGAUCGACAUCGCGCCGGGGCCCGCCGCGAGGUUAGGCGUGAUCACCUUUCCGAGUGAGGCCAUCGCGGGCGGCUCGGCGUUCGGGACGCAACCCGCCCUGGCACUGCAGGACCGAGGCGGCAACGCGUUGGCCUGGGCGUCCAUCGCCGAAUCGACGUAUGAGGUCGAGGCGGACAUCGCGCCGUCCCUAGGCGCGGACUGGGUCGGGGUCGUGUCGACGGCGGGCGACACGCCGCCGGGCGUCAUCGAUGUCAACGUCAGACCAGGCGCGGGCACGAACCCGACGGCGGCGGGCGAUCCCGGAAGUGUGGACAAUCUAGCGACGCUCGCGGCCGGCGAUGUUAUUGAUGUGGAACUCACGUUUAACUUUGACGUCGUCGGCCACGAGGACCGAGGUAUACCUUCCCUAGAACUCAAUAUCCGGAACAAGACGGGCGCCUAUGCCUUAGCGUAUUGUGUUUCUCUCGGGUAUUGGAAUACGAUCCAGACUUUUAGAUAUGUGGUCCAAGACGGUGAUUCAUCAUUUGUCCAAAGAGGCAACGAUACGUCCUACCGCUUGGACGCCAAGUCCAAACGAGCCUUUUCUGCGAAUGGCGGGCCCUUCUGGGAUCCCUACUACCGGGCGCUGGAUAACAUCACGAUGCCGGUUGGCCAAGAUACUAUAGCGAGUAUGGCGAACAAUACGCCUUAUGCGGUGGAUACUUCUAGACCAAGGGCGACGAACGUGUCGUUGAGCUACCCUUCUUCACCUGGUGUGUAUGCGCCGGGUACCACGUUACGGUUUAACGUUACUUUCGACGCGGCGGUAGAAGUCGUGUUAGGCCCGCAGCCCUCCGCUGCGGUCUUCUUACCUAUAUUGAUCGCACCGUCCUCACCGUCACCGGCGCCAAGUGUUUCGCCGACGCCGGCGCCGUCCAGAGAUACGACGGUGAAUGAAACGCAGGGCCCUACUCCGGGCCCCAUCGAUUAUGGUGAAAUUUCGUAUGCUCAGUACGCGUCUGGUUCUGGAAGUCUGGUGUUGGUGUUUGAGUAUCUGGUCUUACCAGGCCAGGACUCGGGCGGCACUCCUGUGCGAUUACCGAUCAACACGACGUCGGGCGGCUUCCAGCUACGACUAGAUGCUGGCGCGCGCAUCUAUCGAAGGAGUUCCGUGCCUGCGACCGUGGCUUACUCCACAAUAAACGCUUCUUCCGUCGAAGAAGCGGGCGUUAUUCUAGACAACACGAAGCCGGCCGUCAAUCGAAGUUAUGGUGUGAGGUCAUUGUCUCCGAACGGUACUUAUUAUGCGGGCGACACCAUUUUACUAAGUGUGGGCUUCGAUUCGAUCGUGGAGUUGAACCCGGCGGCGCCUCUCGCAUUAUCAUUGGAUGUGGGCUGGCGCGUGUCCGCCUUCUACUCGUCGGGAGCGCCGGGCAAAAUCCUCACAUUUACAUAUGUAGUAGCGGAGGACGAACAAUCGAGUCACUUGAAUAUCUAUGGUGAUGGUUCCCAAGCUCUGGCCUUUUCAGGCUUAGGUGGCUACCUGCGGAAGGCCUCGGACGCGCCUUCUGUGGAUGCCGACCUUAACUUGAGAGCAGCGAGGUUUUCUCUGUUGAAUACUUCGCAUCUGAAGAUCGACGGUAGAGCCCCUCAAAUACUAGAGUACGGCAUCAGCAGAAGAAGAACACCGGACGACACGGAAAUACGAAAGAAGAAUACCACAGUCGUCGAUGACAUCGUUACGAUCUACUUCACGUUUGACAAGCCUGUGGUGGUGUUUGGGAAGCCGACGCUAGAUCUAGAUGCGUACGAACCGGAGGUCGCCGGCAAUCCUGACAGAGUCGCUACUUAUGAUGCUGGUAAUGGUACUGCUACCCUAGAAUUUGUAUAUAUACCAAAAAUCGGCGACAAGACGCCGCGGUUGGGCAUUACCACUUCAUAUACAGAGACAUUACAAGGCUACCAGGACGGCGCCUUCGGCGGAGAAGGGAGUAUUAUGCUCGCGUCGGAGAAUCCCACGGUCUAUGCCAACACACGCCUAUACUUAGCUGCGUCCGCCGAUAGAUAUUAUGGUAAUCCGUUACAUUUUGGUGGCGUGCAGAAUCGACUCAAACAAGCGAAUGCUACUAAUUUCACGGCCGUGCGAGCGACGGAGCCGCGCCCGACACGUGUAGCAGAGGUAUCGUUUGGCACUGAUGAUGGCGUGGGUGGCACACCAGGAACGUACGGUGCGGGCGACCGCUUCAAAAUUAAGAUUAGGUUCACGGACGAAGUUAUAUUUUCAGAUCCCCCGUCCAUAUUCCUAAAUACUGGUGGAGAAGCCUUGUACACCUCAGGAACGGGCACGGACACGUACGAGUUCAUCUACUUCAUCAAGGAGAGCGAUGUGGAGGUGGAACAGUUCGGCGUCGUGAAUAUCCACUCCAUCUUCGACCCUGGUAUCCCGGGCUAUCCGUCCACCUGCAUCUGGUGCAACACGUCGGACACGUGUGGGUUGUUCGAUCGUCUUGGAGUCGCGGUGAAUAUGUCCAUGGGUAAUUUGUCAAAACCCUUGCAGCUGCCGCCCGGCUAUUCGAUUGAUGUCACACCGCCUUACAUCACCGACGUGUGGUGCCGCACUCCGAAAAGCCCUUAUCCCCCGUUACCGUACGGUCCUUAUGGAGGCGACGCGAACUGGUACGCCGUCGGUGAAAGGUUAGAGUUUUCUAUCUCGUUCCACCGCGACGUGGCUCUGACCGAGGAGGCCCCUCUGUUAAAGCUUGGGUUGGGCGCGAACGCGCCGUACCCCUACGCUACCUUCUAUGAGUUUGUCGGGAAACGGAUUAUGAACUACGAGUACACUAUUCAAGCCGGUGACUAUACGCAGAAUCUUACACUGAGAGCUAUUACAUCACGAGUAGAUUCUGUAUACCUGGACGCCUCCGUCACGACAACUCUAGCAAAUUUAUCAUUGGACCACCACGGCCUCCAAGGCAAGCAACUGGGAGCGAAUCGGUCGACGGAACCGAUCGUGGUCAUCACGGAUCGCGCGCCCGUCGUCUCCAACUGCAGCUUCAAAGAUGUGGUGGAGGACACGAAGUUAGUCCCGGGCGAUCAGAUAACAGUCCAAUGCGCCUUCUCUUCGUCCGUCAGUGUCGUGGGCACUCCUGUAUUGAUGCUGAAUGCGAAUUUGGAUGCCGAGGCGCAAUACCGACGAGGUUCUGGUACUGCUAUACUCGAGUUUGAUUAUAGAAUAGAACCGGGCGACGUGGUACUGAGAUUGGCUUAUACCGAUGCCUUUGCCAUGCGACGGGGCAGAAUCCGGGCGGACGACCACGCUCAAGAUAAGGUGGAAGGACGAGGCCGCAUCACGGCUUUGGGGUAUACGCCGACGCAGGACGCCGAUCUGACGCUACCGCAUCCCACGACCAAAGGUAGUCUGGAUUAUGGAGACAAGAUGCCCGUCGUGAGUGUGUCGUCCAACGCGCCUCGGCUUAUAUCAUUAACAGCGGCAGCGACGUCGGGCGUGGUCCUCAACGCGGGCGACACGAUUGUUUUUAUUGCGUCGUUUUCCGCUCCUGUUUGUGUCUCGGGUAAACCAAGGCUCAAACUAGAAACGGGCAACAUCGAUAGAUACGCUUCGUAUAUAAACGGGUCGAACACAUCAAAUAUAUUGUUCUCCUAUACGGUGUCGCCGGGCGACGACAGUGAUCGACUCGAGUACUGGAGUGACGCCAACGACGAGCGAACGGCUUUAAGCUCCUUCGAACUGCCGGACGGCGCCUGGAUCCGGCUCCUCAGCAAGCAACCGAUGGUCGACGCGGACAUCAGAUUAUCGCCGCCGAACGCGGUCUUGAUGUCGGCGUCGGGGACCUUGUACACGAAAGGCAAGACCGCGAAGGUGAACGCGUUGGGACCAGCCGGUGUGCAGUACUUGGACCUAGCAGCGGCGAACCCCGGCAAGCAGUGCAUGAUUCGAUACAGUGCGGAGCACGAGUCCAUGCCGGGAUUUGUCUUUCGGGCGUCUACCUCCAUAGAUGUGGCUGGUAGUGCAUCCACAAAGUUGCAAGUCGGCGACGCGGGGAUCUUUGACCUCAUGGAGGCGUCUCAUGGAAGUAGAGACGGCGCCGGCCGAACCUCGUUGAUGUCGCAUAACCAGGGCCCCGGCGACUUGUUCGGCUGGUCCGUCGCGGCAGAUGGUUCUUCAGGAAGGUUAAUAGCGGGCGCCCCGGGCAAGGAACAGAUCCAACCGGAGAUCCAGUUGCUCACGGUCCAAGGAACGGCAUUGGAGCCUCGACCGGAGGUCCAGGCCUAUGGUGUGGGUGUCUUAGCCCAGCCGGCGGUCCAAAAUUUCACCAUACAAGCCAGUGCGGGUGCGGAGGUCGGCGGCACGUUUAUCAUGCAGUAUUCCGAUAAGGAUGGCAAUCUCCUGGCGGCGCCGGCGAACAUACCCGCAACAACAAAUCCGGACACCGCAGCAGCUCUACUCAUGGACGCCUACCCCGACCUGGGGCUCGUGACGGCCUCGAAGACGCCCUACGACUGGUGCGCUUGCAUUGGUGGCGCCGUGUGGUCCAUUACGUUUGAUGGGUUGCUUGGUAUUGGUUCUGGGGAAACGGGCACUCUGGUAUUAACUCCGGACGGCCUGACGGGCACGGGCGUAUCCAUCUCACCCAUCACGAGAAUUCACGAGUCUUCCUACGCCAAUGGCACUUGGGUUUUGGAAGACGAGAGCACUGGCAAUCGGACGGAGCCGCUCGACGCGCAGGCGACGGGCGACGACGUCAAGUACGCCAUCCAAGAUGCGCUGGGCUACAAGAUCUCGAAUGUUGAUGUGAGCGAAUAUAAUGAUUACGGUAGUAGAAGGUGGGCCGUGACCUUCGCGGACAUUCCUGGCGAGUCAUCGCCAAAAAAGGCGCUGACGAAUGAUACGGGCUUAUUUAACAACAUCCCGCUCAUCCAAGCCAAGAAAUUGUCAUUGGGUGGAGGCCCCGGCGCGGAGGCCUGGACGUCGAACAUUCAAGAUGGCGGAAGUCCGGUCUGGGGCCACUUUGGCGUCUCGCUCAACGGGGCCGGUCCUUCCGAACCCAUAUGGCACAACGCGGAGCCGGCGGAAGUCAAGGAGAAGCUCGAGAAGCUCGACUCUAUUAGUCAUGUGGAGGUGAGCAAGGUAGACGACUUGUUUGGCGCACGCAAUGGCGCCCACACUUAUCUCGUGACCUUCGCUGCCGUGUUACGCAAGGACGAUUUCGGCGAGUGGGUCGGGACGCACGUCUACGACAUGGAGCCCGUUCAGAUAGACCAUAGCAUAUUAUACGGGUCGGACGCCGAGGUCCAAGUAUUACAAGGCGGCUACGACCCGAUCACGGGAAACACGACGCCGGUGUGGACGGGCGCGAGACGAGGGAAGCGGGGCGCGGGCGGCGGCGCGGCCUUCGUGUACUCUAGAUCCGUGGUCUCCUCGAACGAUCCGACGUACAUGUGGUCGCCCGAAUUUGCUUUGAAGCCGAACCCCGAGCACUACGCGGGCGAGCGGGCGGCUUUUGGGCAUGAUGUGGCGUUAGGUGCCGGGGGCAAUACGGCGGUCGUCGGCGCGCCCUACUCCGAGAACCACGGCGUGUAUGAGCAACAAAAUAUAAGUUGUGUUGCGGCCGGCGGCCAUUUCCGGUUGGGCCUCAUGAACGCGUGGACGCCCUGGGUCGCGUGGAAUGCUACUAUUGGAGAGCUGAAAUCGGCUCUAAGGGGGAGGGUUUAUGCGCCGGUACCCGGCUUGCAUCCCUCGCCUAGGAUUGAAAUAGCGUCCGACGACGAAUAUGUUUGUAGCAAUGUCAGUACGCAAGUGCGGAUCACGUUUUUUGAUCCACCCACCGGUCCUGGGUUUCAAACGUCUCGAGCUGAUCUAGACCCUAUGAGUAUUGAUCUGACUGGCGACUACGUGUUAGGUAUCGAAGGUUUAUAUGGUUCUUCUUCCAUUCAAGCCUCAUUAUCUGUGAGUGAAGUCAGAAGAGGUACAGCACAACCUCUAGGCUUAGAUUCAAGAGGCGAGAACGCGGGCGCCGCCUUCGUCUUCAAGCGCGUUCCGGUAGACGCCACAAUCUAUGCGUCCGGGGGUGCGUGGGUCCAGGAAGCUCGACUCUCGGACGUCACGGGUUUUGUGGGAGACCGCUUCGGCUGGUCCGUCGACGUGCUGGACGAUGGUACCACGAGAGUAGCCGCGGUCGGCGCGCCCUACGCCGGCGACGACGACGCCGGCGAGGUGCACAUUUUUGCGGACUCUGGCAACGGUUGGGCCGCGAUCACGGGGCUGCCCGUGCUGGACACGGAGGUCUACGGCCAGGUCCAGGGCGACGAGUUUGGUUUUUCUGUAGCCAUGUCGCUGCGCAGUUCUGGUUUAGCCACUUUAGUGGUCGGCGCGCCGGGCGCCGACGACGACCGGGGCGCCGUCUACGUGUAUACGGCGGAAAACAUGGGCAAGGCGAGUACCAAUGGUUUCUCGCUGUCGCAACGCCUGACGGCCGACGACGGCCCGUCGUUGUAUAACGGACAGCGGUCGCGGGGCGACCGGUUCGGGUGCUCCGUGGCCAUGGAUGAAGAUGACAUAGUUAUCGGAGUGUGCGGCGCCGCGGACCGUCCGAGAAGGCGCGACGCGACGCCGGAGCGAAGUGGCGCGGCCAAAGCUACCGGUGCUGUCGUUGUUCUCGCAAGGCACUGCGCGCUGUGUCGAUGGGUCUUCAUCGAGCGAUUAGUAGCGACGAAUGUGGGACGGGGCGAUCGACUGGGCCAUCGCGUCGCGAUUGACGACGGCAUUAUUGUCGCGACGGGCGUGGGCGACUUGCAAGGCGCUUUUGAUCGAGGCGAGCCGCCCGACCUUGGUGGUCUAGGCCCGCAAAGAUCCGUCUGGCAAAUACGCACGAAAAAGAAGUGCGAAUUAACGGGACAUCUCAGGAGGCAACUUCGGAAGAACCGAGGCCAGUGCGACAUCGGCGGACGGUGGAAGGUCGGCUUCCGAAGUACCAAUAGGUCGAAGCUCGAGAUGCUGUGUGUCGACGACGCGCACUACUCUACUCUUGGCUUAAGAGUCUGCGAGGGCGUCCACGACAUUGUAGGUGUGGAAAAACGAGUGAAGGACACGAUCAUCAUGUCGGAUAACAUGACCGAGGGCGAGCGCACGAGGUGGUCUCAAGAAAUUGAAAAAGAUGCUGACUAUUUAGCUGUCGAGUAUGCUUUAGAGAGUGAGUUGUUAGCUGGAGAGGUCACGGUCACCGGUUCGGCACCUGAUAGUGAAGGCCAGUACAAGUGGAACGUCACGUUCUCGGGUACGGAGAGUGGGGAUUUGGAGAUCCUACCUGGUUUGGAGGCGGAUGGCUCUAGACUACUGAACGGCUAUACGGAGGUCGAGGAGCUAAGGCCGAUGCCCCCUCGUUUAAGGGGCGUCGCGCACAUGUUCACGCGGGAGACGCAACCCGGCGAAGUCAUUGGGACCUUCGUCGAACAAGCGCUGAUGCGGCCGUUCAUCGCGCAGCGCCAGGACGCGUACGGCAUCGGCGCCGCGGUGUCGGGCGACAUCGCCGCGGUCGGCGCCCCGAACACGGAUAGUGUAGAGUCAGGCGACAAUGCCGGCGCGGUCUUCGCGGCGGACAUCAACUGGGUCACGCUAGGCUUUGAAAGUGCCAAAUACUCUGUGGAGGAGGGUUCCUCGGUGGAUGUCGUCCUAGCGAGGAGAAGUGGAGAAGGCAUCCGCGACGACUCCGCACCAGAAAGACCCAUUUCGUUCUUCCUGUGGACCUUUGCUCGCAAUUCCGACAAAACAACACAAAAGUGGCUCGCGGACUUGUAUGGCCUCUGGGGCGACCGGGCCGUGCCCGCGGCGCAGACGGCAGCGGAGGUCGUCGGUGCGGGCAAGGCUCAUGCUAGAGCGUCGUGGUACGGCGGGACAUCCAAUAGUAGUAGGUGGGUGGACGGCGGGCGCGACGACACCGGGGCGUCGGACUUCGUGCCGAUCGGCUCACGAGGGCAAUUAGCACCUAUCUCAUUGGAGAACGGGCGGUUGCCCGAUUCAUUGACGCGACGCUAUUCCUUAGCGGUAGAAACGACGGACGACUUCAUCUACGAGAAACCUGACGAAGAGAUCAUUGUCGGCGUCUGGCUGCCGGGCAUGUUCCCGUCGCCCCUCGGGCAUUUGCGUACUUCGGUAAAAGUGGAGGAUGACGGCGACGGGUUGGAUGGUAGUGUGCAGGCCUUUGAGCGGUUGGGUGAAUCAGACAGUAUGGAGGAUUUAGGCAUUGCGCAGCCGGACACCACAGAAGAUGACAAACGGGGCGCCGGCUACUCCGUCGCGGCGUUUAACGACACGAAAGGACGGGUGUAUAGGGACGAUAGUAUGACCGUGGAGAUAGGUAGGAUACAGGGCGACGACCCGUGGUACGUCGAAAUGAUUUCAGUGUUAGGAGCGCCGGACCACAAUUCAUCGCGAGGUCAGGUUGUCAUUUACCGACGGAAGCGGGGGUCCUGGUCGUAUGAACAGUCUUUGUCUCCCAUGGAUGUUCCUCCUGACAGAUGGAACGUCAAUACAUCGACUGGACGAAGGCCCUUCGCGGCGACGAUGAUCGAGGAUCGGUUCGGGGAGAGCGUCGCGGGUUCUGCUGCGCAUGGUCGUAGAAAUGGAGCCACUAUAUUAGUGGGCGCGCCCGGCGCGGCGCAGGUCUACGCCUUCGUCCGUCGGAACACCACGGAAGGCUUACCGUUGGUCAUGAACGAGUUCAAUAAUGUAACUUUACAGAACAAGACGGAAGGUACAUUGAAGUGGACGCUUGAGGCUAUUUUAGAGCACCCCGACGCCUACAGGGCCAAGCACAACUUUGGCGGGCGCGGGGCUAUUGCCAUCGACGGCGACUGUGCCGUUGUGGGUGCUUCGGGAGUGGAGGCGGCCUACGUCUACCGGCGGGUCUACCAUCACACUCAUAAAAAAUUUAAGUGGGAGUUCACGGAAAAAUUACAGUCGUCAGACUAUGAUUACGACGUCUUGUUUGAUGGGUUGAUCACAAAGGUGCACGAGCAGGGCUUCGGGUCGUCGGUAGCCUUCUCGGAGAACACGAUUGCGAUUGGGGCGCCCUUUGCGGACUAUGGGAACAAGGGUGUCGUGGGGGACGCGGAGACGCGCGACACCGAUGGUACCGACAAUAGACGCUUAGGCAGGGGCAAAGUAUACUUGUACUACUCGACGCCGCCGGAGGUCGUGGUCACGUUGCGAGCGGAUACCGUGUUAUCGAAUGGUACGUGGAAGCUAGGUCUGGACGACUACCGCAAUGCCUCGUGUCUCACGAACGAGCUAGGCUUAACGCCGACGGCGGAGGUGAUCAAGAAGGAACUAGAUGACGCUUGUAGCUCAUUAUUAGCGGGGAUACAAAUCGAGGUCACGAGGCAGGAUACGGUACUACCCACAGCUUCGGGCGGCGGCCGACUCGCGUGGACGGUGACCUUCUUCGGGGAAGCCGGGGAAGCGCCACCUCUCAAGCCGACGUGGCGAGGACGGGGCUGCUGGCAGUGCGACAAGUUUAACGACGGCUGGGCCCAGAUGCCGGACAAGCAGGUGUUAGCUGAACCGAAGCCAGACGCGGCCUUCAAGGGCCACCGGGGGCCCUUCUUGGAAGUGGGGAAGCUGCAGGCCGAGGACCGGACGUCCGGAUCGCAGUUUGGGGCUUCUCUGGACCUAGAUAAGGAUGCUCUCAUCGUGGGAGCGCCGCGCGCCCCGGGCGUCGCGUCGACGACGUGGGAUUUUGAGACCGGCGACUUGACGGGCUGGCGUCAAUCAGGAGACGCCUUCGUCGAGCAGCCGACGUUUGGCGAUGGUCCCAAAUUCAGGCCGAACUUGGAAGGUGGUUAUGGGUCGGACGGGUCGGCACUCAUCGGCGGGAAGCCCCAGGCGGCCUUACCGCGCGGUCGGUACUUCGUGGGCACAAAGGAUGAUAGAGGAAGGAAGUCGGGGACGUACAUUGAUCCUUCUACCAACGCCGCGGGUACCUCGCAGGGAGACAUACCUACGGGUACAUUAACGGCGGAGCCCGUGACGAUACCCUACGCCCAGAGUACCAUCAAUCAGUACGACACGUUGACCGUGUCCUUUCUCAUUGGAGGGGGUUGUGAUCCUAGAACGGAGUACGUGGAAUUAUUGAUCGAUGGGGUGCCCGUCGAUCGAGCCACUGGAAGUUGUCACGAGCGGCUGAGGAACGCGUCCUUUGACCUGACGCCGUUCCAGGGGCGGACCGCGGUCCUGAGGGUCGUGGACGCGUCCAAGUCGAGAUGGGGCCACGUCAACGUCGACCACGUGAAAUGGAAUUGGCCGGCGCGCGGCUUCGGCGCCGGGCGGCGCGAGGGCGUCACGGCUAUUAAACCUACGGACGACGUGUCGUUGAUACACGAGGAGAAGAACGAGCUGUGGUCAACAGGAGGUGGGUUCGCCGGCGAGACCGCGCGAGCGGGGGCGGCCUAUACUUACAGGCGAAGGGACCCCGACGAUCCUAAUAGAGGCUGCUUCGACGAGAAGGAGAAGUGCGUCUGGGAGCUCGCGUCGAAACUGCUGCCGUCCGAUAGAAGGCGGGGCGACUUGUUCGGGUGGGACGUGGCCAUCUCCGAUACCACUGGUAGAGCCGCUGUCGGCGCGCCCGGCGCCUCGGCCACGACGCACUGGAAGCUGCCUCCACCGAAAAGGCCUGUUGGUAGAGCACCACCUAGAGAUGCCCCUACAGCCUGGACGCAAUAUCUCAAGGACUACGAGACGGCGCACGUCGGUUCGGAUUACAUUGACCGAGGCGCGCCGGUGCGCCUGCCGAUGGACCGGCACGACACCGAGAAAUAUUCCAGGGAUCUGCGGAUGGCUUCUAGGCAGGACGUGCCCGCGCGAAGUGGAGCCCAGGCUAUUUGGUCUCAAAGACGGAGGGACGUCGCGGAAGGCGUCGAACCUCAGCACUCGUCACCUGCUAUAGAUGAAGCCAAGCAGGCCGGCGCCGUCUACGUCUUCGAACGGAGCAUCGCGGACGUCAAUCCUGUGACUGGCGAGACGCUGAUACCAGCGAGGUGGGCGGCGCUCGAGACGGCUCGAUUGCAAGCGCCCGAGCGCAUGGCGCGCGCGUUUCUUGGAAGUGGCGUCGCGUUCGCCGGGCGAAGCGUCUUUGGCGGCCAGCCGGGCUCCAUGGCCUUCGGCAGUAGUGCGGGAGAUGCGUUAGUGUGGGACACGGACGUGCUGAGAGUGCGCUUCUUAGCCGCGGAGUUCGCGGCCGUCGAGGGCUUCCAGCCGACGGCGACGAUUACCAUUGUGAGAGACUUUGAAUAUGCUCAAAAUGAACUCACGGUGGGCUACUCGACGGAGGAUCUCACCGCGCGCGGCAUCGACGACGACGCCUGGCUCGGGUGCUCCGGCGGCCCGGUGGACUCGGCCCCGACGACGGGCUGCGGCGACUACGUCCAGACCGCGGGCGUGACGACCUUCGGGAAGGGCGAGAUCGCCGCGUUCUUCUACGUCAACAUCGUCGACGACCCGUGCACGGAAAGUGCCGAGUACGUCCAACUUUCAAUAUCGGUGCCGGGCGCGCCCGCCUUGCAGGGCGAGCAGUUCCUCGCGCGGCUGCGCAUCGACGACGACGACUUCCCGGAGCUGGCGAGCUCGGAGCUCUGCCCCGAUACGGGAUUCAAGGCAUCAUAGCUCGGAGCUUAAUUUGAUGGUUAUGUU